UUGUCAUUUAAGAGCAGAUGUAGGUUAAUUAACAGUUUGCUAAAUGCCGUAAAUUCAUCUCAUAAAUUAACGCUACUUGAAUAAAUAAACUUCUAAUUUGUCGUAAUUAACAAAUCUACUAUACUAUACUACUUUAUUUCUGUGCCGAAUUUAUCAAAUAGUUUUCAUUUCCGGGGUACGUGAUUCACCAUUACAUUAGUCGAUAGACAAGGUUAUUCAGUUAAACUGUCGGGCAUGUAUUUGGAUAGAGUUAUUCAUACUCUUUGAUACUGAGUAUGUGUGAUAGUGAGGAUACAUUGUGCUGCUAACGGUAGCGCAAUUGCACGAAUAGACGCGCAGUACAACCAAACGGCGGCUAACUUCACCACCGCAGUCGGCUUAUGCGGAAGAGCAACACAGGACAACGAACUCCAACAUCCACGGGAUAAGUUCCAGGACUAGUUAAAUAGCCACACACUGACAGCACUAUGGAGAAGGAAGGGGCCCCUGGAGAUGGAGAGGUGGUGACCCCUUUUGCUGCAGAGACUUAUGCUGCUGAGGCCAUGGCUGCAGACAUGGACCCCUGGAUUGUGUUUGACUCGAGAAAAACUCCCAGAUCCGAGUUUGAUGGCUGGCUGGAGAGCAACGGGCCCUCACAAGUAAACAGAUUUGGUGAUGAUGAAAGUGGAGUUAGUCCUGUGGGGUGGAUUGCUGUGCUGGGCCUGAACCACUGCCUCAUCACUGGGGAUGUCACGGGUCUCCAGGAGAGCUGGGAGAAACUUUUGGCCAGCAGCCGGCCUGUCAGCUUCCAGACAGUGAAGGAGCUGGCCCUGAACCACGGAGUGCUCUCGGGCAAAUGGCUGAUGCACUUGGACUCUGGUUUCAAGUUGGACCACGCCUGGGAGUGUGUGGCCAGAGCAGCCCUGGAUGGCAAGAUCUCCCUAGUUAAAGUCAGUCCCCAUAAUCCCAAGGGUGAGGGCAAGCAGGUCAUUUGUGCCUAUAACCAGAACUUCACUGACGAAAGUGAGGUCAUAAGGCUGGACAACGUCAUCCGGGCCACAGGAGUCAAAUGCUCCCUCACAUACAAGCCAGACGUGUACACAUACCUGGGAAUCUACCGAAACAACCGCUGGAAACUGUGUCCAACCAUAUAUGAGAGCAAAUUUGACCUCGAGCGUGUACCCCGGCGUUCCCACAUUGUCAACAAAGUCACCAAUCUAGAAGUAAAAUAAGUCUGUCAGAACAGGAGGAUAGUUUUGGAGUACGGGUAAAUGGAGAGGCACUUGGCGAUCCCAUGAGCUGGGUUGUGCAGUACAUCUCACUGACCGAAGGGUUUUAAAAGUCAGUGGUUGAAUUUUGAUCUGAAGUUCUUCCUUUUGGCAACAAAAAAACAUACAUUAAACCUAAUUUCAGUCUGUGAUAUUUCAGACGUGACCUAAACUAUUGUCUCUUUUUUUUCUUUAUUGAUUAACUUGUAAAUACAAGUUAAAAUAUUUGUGUUCUUGAUGUUCUGUUCACACUUACCUGAUGGAAGAAAUCCUUUGUAUGCACAGAGGGAAAUGUUCUUUUUUUUUUUUUUUUUACAAUGUUCAUUUGUCAUUUGUUAGACUUUAUUUUUUGGUUUGUAUGAAACCAUCAUAACAGAGUUGCCAAAUAAAAUCUACUUUUGAAGACCAUCUUAA